CAACACUAUGGACGUGGUGGUUUUUUUAACAGUAAAAUAUUUGUUUAAAGGGAUCUUUUCACGAUUUGGUAAAUUGACAAAAUUGAAAAAAGUUGUUUCAGAUUCAAUAAUGUCAUGGGCAAACAAUCUUCCAGAAGAGCUGACCUGUCGACCUACGGGCCUUGUUAUACUCACUGGACUGGAUGUUACUUACAACGCUGUCCACAAAUCCAUCUGGGACUCGUUCUACAACAACAGGAGACUAGACCGAGUGCCACUGCAGUUUCAAGUUGUCCCUGGAGACCAUGAAUAUCCCAAGUGUAGAACUAAUAAGCGCCAGUCAUAUGAGUGGUAUAUACCCAAAGGCAUCUUGAAGAGUGGAUGGAUGAAAAAGCAUCUGACACAGGUCCCAGCGGUCGCUGUGAUGUUCUUUGACCUUGAUUGGGAUGAUGCUAUGUGGAAAGAAAAACAGAUGGAGUGUUCUACAAGAGUAGAAAUUGUUAGGAACAGUCUGCAGGGUCGUGGCACUAAAGUCUCGGUGGUUCUCAUACAGAAGAAUGCGCCUCUACCCCCCGGUGAAGAUGUGGUGGCUGCAGAGAGGGCUGCCUCUCUGUGCAGUGCCUGUGAACUCUCUGCCAAACACCUGUAUGUGCUGCCACAAACAGACCAUCUUAUUGGAUACACCAUCAGACUAGAGAAUGCCUUCUAUGAGCUUUCCCAGGCCUACUAUCACGGGGAGGCCCGCAAGGUGAAGUCACACAAGGACUUCCUCAAUAAAACUACUCACCAGUUGUUGUUUGUGCGUCAUCAAUUCAAGAUAGCCUUCUUCAAUGAGCUCAAACAGGAUACACACACGGCCAUCAAGCAUUAUAAGCAAGCCUAUGGCCACAUACUUGAGUUGAGAAUGAAUGAUACCAAUAUGCUAGAGGUGAAGACCAUAGCAGGCUUUGUAAAUUAUAAGAUUUGCCGGCUGUCGUUCCAACACAAUGCACCUUUGGACGGGAUUGCGCAAUUUAGGAAGCACAUUGAUUUCUUCAAGGGACGGAUAGGGGUGGCAGAUCUGGCCUUCGAACACAGUGCCUGGAUGUCCAAACAGUUCCAGGUAUUCGGGGACCUUUUUGAUGAGGCCAUCAAGCUUGGGCUGACUGCCAUACAGACCCAACACCCGGGCUUCUACUACCAACAUUCUGCUGACUAUGCCAUUGCCCGAAAACAGCUGUGUAGAGGCUCUUGCAAGCCUCUCCCUGUAGGAGCCAGCCAGGCCAUUGUGGAGAAUAUUGGUUCCCUGGACUUCUAUGGACAGCGACCUUGGAGGCAAGGUCAUCAGAGUAUAGACCCACCGGACCUGCAAAAGGAGAGAGAUGGGAUAGCAGCCCUGCAGGCACUGGAGUUACUGGAGGAACACUCUUGGCUGAUCAUUCCACUACUGAACAGUGCUGUGGCCCAGUUUAAGAAGUACAAGUCCCUACGAAUGAAGAGAUUUCUCAUGGUACAGAUGGGUCAAGAAUACUUCCAUGCCAGGGACUAUCAAAGGUCUAUCAUGUUGCUGAGCAAGGUGACGUGGGAUUACCGCGUGGAGCGCUGGUGGCCUCUCCUCACUUCCAUUCUGAUGACAUCUCUGAAAUGUGCAUACCUGACUGGCAAAGUGCAAGACUAUGUAAUCAACUGUGUGGAGCUCAUUGGGCCAUAUACGACAUGUUCUGCAGAGGAGAAAACUAGGAUCCAGAUGAACCUGCUACGAGUCAUGUCGAAUGAUGCUCCAGAAGCAGAGCCCGGUUUGGAUGCUGUCUGUGUGGAGAAAGCCCGCCACCUGUGGACCCCUGGCUCUGAGCCGUGUGUCUUCAAUGUCGAGAUGCAGAACAUUGUGCCUUGUGUGGAGUGCAAGGCCCGGUUCACAAGUGCAGCAGUGGCUGCAGAUGAGGAGGUAACUGUGGAGGUGUACAUCAGAGUUCGCUGCCCCUUCCCUGUACGUUUCUCCAAGGUCAGCCUGUCAUUGAACAAUCCCAUGUACAACCAGUAUCUGGAGGUGAUAGACGGACAUGGGGCUGCCUCGGAGGGCGAGGGUCAUGAAGGGAACCUGUAUCUGGUACCCGGCAUGCCUCGACGAUACACGUUCUCCUUCCUUCCUGUGCAGGAGGAUGUUGGCAAUCAGCUCGAGAUCACAGGUGUUUGCGUUGUGCUGGGAUCAGAGACUGCCCGGUGUGGGGUGAUGACGUGGGUGGGGGCGGGGGGAGACGCUGUGGUGCCUGUACAGACCUGCCUCAGUCUGCUGCCCAAGAGGCAGCCUAGCAACCACAUAGACUGGAACCAGAUACAGCUGGAUGCUGUCACCAAGAUAGUGUCAAGGCCUGCUCAACUGGACAUAGGACUGAAACACCAGGCCCCCAGCCUGCUGAACGAGUUCUAUCUGAUGCAGGUCACUGUGACCAACAGGGAAGACGUAAUCAUUAGCAAUGUCAGUUUGUCCGUGACUGUACCGGAAAAAGAUGAUUAUGACAGAGCAACCCACCUGAGUGUAGACGUGGCUGAGUUUGAUGGUCAUGUGGUGGCUAGACUGGCCUACAUGGAUCUGGAGAGUCUGGCGCCAGGCGAGUCCCGUAGCAAGUCCAUCUUUGUGAAGUGUCUGCAGACAGGCAUCAAACUCAUCACAUUCCAGGUUGAUUACAGUAUAGAAGUGAAAGCUUCGGGUCACUUGAUCCCGUGUGCAUGUAGCAAGGUGGAGUCAGUGAACCUGAACACUGUGAGCGCCUUUGAGGUGUCCGUCAAGAUCAUGAAUAUGAAGUUUGAGACGAUAGAAGCUAUCCAAGCUGAGGAGCCAUUCCUGCUGAUGCCAGAGUUGAAAUGUAUAGCACCCUGGGCAGUCAAUAUUCAGGACAGCGACCUCCAACUGAGUAAAAGUGUAGUAAAGGUGGACAAGAGUGGUUCCCAGCUUAUAGGAGUGAGCCUAGAGAAGAACGAGUGUGCGGCGGAGUGCUACUGCCUGAGCUCUCUCAAUUCUCCCCUGACCUCUGUCUCCAUGGGCAGUUAUGUGCUCCACUGGAAGAGACGUCAUGUGGAUGGCCCUGACACCCUGGAGCACCCUACCGUGACCACUCUGUUCUCUCUGCCCACUGUGAGCAUGGAGCACAUCCCCCUCUCUGUGGACCUGCAACUGCCUGCUUACGGCAACAUGAAGUGCCUGCUCCCCGUGCGCUACUUGAUCCACAACCGCACUGGCUACCCCCAGGAGAUUGAGAUCAGCAUGGAGGCUAGCGAGUCAUUCAUGUUCUCUGGGAAUAAACAGAUCCAUUUCCGCCUGCUGCCUGGGAAACCAUACGAGUUGACCUAUAACCUGUUCCCAUUGGUUGCGGGUCAUGUCUCUCUUCCCAAGAUGCAUCUUAACAUGGUUCGAUACUCUGGUACCAUGGACGCCAUUGUUCAGAAAAUGCUUCCCUCGCACGUCUUCAUCAAGCCUUUUGGGAAGAAAUUACCUGGAGAGAAGUAAAGAAACGUGUGAAUUAAAUGAGUCAUGUUCUGCAAAAACUCUGCAUAAUGCAUGUGCGUAAAGUGUCGUCCCAGAUUAGCCUGUGCAGUCCGCACAGGCUAAUCAGGAAUGACGCUUUCCGCUUUAACUGGAUUUUCGUGUAGAAGAGACUUCCUUUAAACGAAAAAUAUCAUAAAAGCGGAAAGUGUUGUCCCUGAUUAGCCUGUGCUGACUGCACAGGCUAAUCAGGGAUGACACUUUACGCACAUGCAUUUAGCCCAGUUUUGUCAGAACAAGACACAAAUGAAGCUUAAAUGCACAGUGCUAAACAGGAGUCUGGAAAUAUGUUUUUGAUUUAUUGCUCACCAUUUAUUUCAAUGUACUUUAUCAUCUGGGUCUACGCUGUUUGCAAAGGCCCUUUUUCUAGACGCUAGCUAGGCAUAAAUGGGUUAAUACAAGAGUGAUUAUGUUAAGAUUUGUUUUGUGUUGCAUAUUGUUAUCUGUAUGGUUUUUACCAAUCAUGUCAUAUUUGAUGUUUUAAGUGCAGUUUGCACCUUGUACACACAUGGAGUCAUCUGUAGAUGUAUUGAGUUGUUCAUGAAUAUUCACCAUUCUUUUAAGGUUCAAAAUAAUCUAAAUGAAUGUAGCCAGUAUGUGGUUGCUUGCUUUUGUAUACAUUCAUAAGUGUUUUUAAGUCAAUCUAUUAAAUUUCGUUUUGUUUAACAUCUGUCAAACUGAAAAAAUGAAAACAAAAAAGGAACAAAUCUGUUUCCUUGAAGAUUUUUUGUGUUUAGCCUAUUUGUUUUUAAACCCCAGAAAAACAAGAUAUGCAGUUGUUUUUUUUAUGUAUGUUUGGUGUGUGUUAUUUAGUAUCUGUUACAAUUAUUCGUGUUGUAUCCCCUUUUCAGAUGUCUUUGUCUUUUGUAUGUAUGUAAUUUUCCAAUUAAGACUAAUAGUGAUUGCUUUAUAACAAUAAAUAUGAAAAAAAGUAUAAGACAUUCCAUUAUCUGGUGUACAUUUUGUACACAAAUCAUACAACUGAAAACAAAUCUUAGAAAACCUUUUCCAUAAAUGAUUUGAAGUUAUUUUGCUAUGUUUAUUUAUGCUUGAGAGUGCUUAUAUUUGCUAAUGUGGAAUUGUGCAAUACAUGUGAAAAUAAUUGUAAAUUGCAUGUCUUUAAUAUAGGUAUCAAUACAUUUACUAAUAAUU